CGAUGUACACACAGUCACAACACCUGCUCCCGCUAUCUGAACGGAGCCAUUGUUGUUACUCCCGCCGAAUAAUCUUAUCUGCUUCGGAGCCGAAACCUUCACAGAUCAAAGCCCUCUCUUUAUUCAAAACCAAUGCAACAUCAACCACGAAUGCCGGAAUUCCAAGUGAAUCGUCCCUUAAACGCGAUUACUCGGGAUCACCAUUACCGAAGAGCAGCAGCGAUGAUGUAUGUGUUGAAUUGGGUUCGCUCUGCUCCAGGGGGUUGUGUUUAUGUGGGAGAAGACGUUUCAUCGGAGCUUCGGGAGCAGCUUUGCUUCCGAUCUUUCCUUCAAAUGCAUCCGAGAUGAAGGCCGACCAAGCGGCUAUGCUGGAGAGAAUUCAUCCCCCAAGACCAGAUUGGUAUGAGGAGUUCUAUGCUCUGGUUUUGGCGAAGGGCAUGAAAGCUUACGAGGCAGACGUUGCAGGAUAUAAAUCAGAACUGUUUUCUAAGUUGAGAGGGAAGAGUAAGAAAGUGCUGGAGCUUGGCAUUGGGACUGGUCCCAAUCUCAAAUAUUAUGCCAGUGAUGGUGAUGUCCAUGUUUAUGGUGUGGAUCCAAACAAAAAGAUGGAAAAAUAUGCUCGAGAGGCAGCAGUAGCUGCAGGUCUACCGACAUCAAAUUUUAAUUUUAUACAAACGGUUGGUGAGGCAUUGCCACUAAGUGAUGCAUCCAUGGAUGUAGUCAUUGGAACUCUUGUAUUAUGCUCUGUUGUAGAUGUUAAUUUGACACUAGAAGAGGUGAAGAGGGUGCUGAAACCAGGUGGCCUUUACAUUUUCAUGGAGCAUGUGGCUGCACAAGAUGGAACAGCUCUCAAAUUCCUCCAGGGCAUUCUUGAUCCUUUGCAACAGAUAGUUUCUGAUGGAUGUCACCUCUCAAGGGAAACGGGAAAGAAUAUUGCUGAAGCUGGGUUUUCAGGUGUUGAUAUUAACAUGGCUUUCAUCUCUAGUGUGUUCCUUCUAAGCCCCCACAUAUAUGGGAUUGCAUGUAAAUAAUACACAAAUACUGCAACAAAUGUUGAUCUAUUAUUCUGUUAUGCAUUCCACUGAA